GGCACUGCAUGACCAAACCUGAGUUGAUCUUCAACUUAGAGCAUGGGCUUGGGCCAUGGAGCCCAGCAGACGCCUCCGUCUGGGACCUCUCAGGUGUCAACAAAAUGAGUAGCCUGGUUGAGACCAGCCGGAAAAAUGGAGACAGACAUUUCUGGCAAAUUGAAAUCAACAGCAAUACAUCAAAUGAAGAACUUGUUGAAGCAGAACUAAAGAUUCAUGAAGAGAUCCACCGAGGGACAAAAUCCUAUGAAUGUGAAGUAUGUUUGGAAGCAUUUUACCUGAAGUCACACUAUAGCAAAAAUCAGAGAUAUCACACAUGCGAGAAUCCAUAUGACUGUAAGGAGUGUAGACAAGCUUUCUAUUCUAAGUCUACCUUCAGUCGAUAUCAGCGGCUCGAGAAAGGGGAGAAACCCCAUGCAUGUCUAGAAUGUGGGAAGACCUUCUACUGCAAGUCACACCUCACUGUGCAUCAGAGGACUCACACAGGCGAGAAGCCCUAUGACUGUAAAGAAUGCAGGAAAGCUUUCUACAGCAAGUCACAGCUCAAUGUCCACCUGAGAAUUCAUACAGGGGAGAAGCCUUAUGAAUGUAAAGACUGUAGAAAAGCCUUCUACCGAAAUUCUGACCUCACUGUGCAUCAGAGGACUCACACAGGCGAGAAGCCCUAUGAAUGUAAAGUAUGCAAUAAAGCUUUCUACUGCAAUUCACAGCUCACUGUCCAUCACAGGACUCACACAGGUGAGAAGCCCUAUGAAUGUAAAGUAUGCAAUAAAGCUUUCUACUGCAAGUCACAACUCGCUGUCCAUCACAGGACUCACACAGGUGAGAAGCCGUAUGCAUGUAAAGAAUGCAGGAAGGCAUUCCAGUGCAGGUCAGACCUCACUCGACAUCGGAGAACUCAUACUGGUGAGAGACCGUAUGAAUGUAACGAGUGCAGGAAAGCAUUCUAUCGCAAGUCAGACCUCACUGUCCAUCAGAGGACUCAUACAGGUGAGAAGCCCUAUGAAUGUAAAGAAUGCAGGAAAGCUUUCUACUGUAACUCACAACUCACUGUACAUCAAAGACAUCACACAGGUGAGAAGCCUUAUGAAUGUAAAGACUGUGGGAAAGCCUUUCAGUGCAAGUAUGAACUCACUCGACAUCAGAGAACACACACAGGGGAGAAACCUUACGUAUGUCUAGAAUGCAAGAAAGCUUUCUAUACCAAGUCAGAUCUCACUCGGCAUCUGAAAACACAUGCAGGUGGCAAACCCUGAAUAUAAACAGUACAGAAAAGCUUGACACAAAAGUCAGGCCCUAACUGGCAUCAGAGAACACACAUAAAAUCUUUUUACCAUAUAAUUAGACCUUACUUAACAUCAGUGAAUUCAUACAGAUGCAAAAAACCCAUGAAAAUAAAGUGAGAAAGCUCCCUGCUUUAGCUCAUUUCCAUGUACAGACCAGUAAAUUUAGGGAAUGUGAGAAGACUUCAUGUGGUUGAAUCCCAUGUGACAUCAUGUAGUAUGUACAGGUGAAUGGCCCUUCCAAUAUAAAGAAUGCUAGAACACUUUUUUAAACCAUAAAGUGCAUCCAGUGGGCAGGAAAGCUCCUACAGGUAGACUUUAUCAAUAUGUAUAACACCAAAAACUUUGAUACCUAAGUCAGACCUCAGCCUAUAUCAAAAACCUCAUAAAGAUGCAUAUACUGCAUAUACAGGAAGUGAGUUAGCCAGGUAUAGGUUUUCAUCCUGACCCAUGUGGGUGAUCUUGGCAGAGACUUAUUUGGACUUGAUGUUUAGCUGCAUAGCAAGACACCAAACUAAAAGAUUGGGAAAGCCAGGUGUGGUGGUGCACACCUUUAAUCCUAGCACUCAGGAGGCAGCAUCGUUGUGUGGAUCACUGUGAGUUUGAGGCUAACCUGGUCAACAUAGUGUGUUCUGGACCAGCUAGGGCUAUAUAGUGAAAUCCUGUCACAAAAAAAUGAGAAAAUCUUAAUGACAGUAGACGCCAUAUUGUUGUUAAACCAUCAGAAAGGAAAGCAUGACAGAAGCUUUUUAAAUAGUACCUGAAACUCAACUGACAUGAGAAACAACAAAAUGAUAAUAAAGCACAAGAGCGUGAUACAGGAGUAUGGAUGGGUACCAUGUUUCAUCUGGCUCUGCAUCAGUAUAAGAAUUUCAGUAUCAGCUGUAUACACACAUAUUAGAAAUCCCAUCAGUCUACAGAUUACAGACGCUCCCAUGUUAGCAAGCAUGACAUCACUUGUGAAGGUGAGAACAUGUUUGAAUUUUUAAAAUUGGUUGAACCUGGGAUGUGGCUCAGUCACGGCGCACUUGUGAGGCACAGGCAUUUCCUCUGUCAUAUUUGAGACUUCCUCCCUGUCACUCAGGUUUUCAGUGUUCAUGCUCAUGAGUCAGUUGUAGAAAGUAGAAGCAGUUGUGAAGGCACUGUAACAAACUGGCCAUGCGUUACUGUGAGCACUGUCUGUGUGAUCACACCUUUUCAGAGAAGGAGGUACACUAUGCAGGCCAGGCUGACUUUGAAUCCUUUGUGUCCUGGGCUCUUCUCAUAUUCAUGAUCAUACUGCCUCGUGCUCUUGAGAGCUUGGAUUAGAGGAAUGGUCUUCCAUGCAACCAUGUAUCCUUUUAAUAUGUGAAAAAUUUUCAGUAAAAGUUCAACAUUUUAUAUAUCAUAAAUUUGGGGGAGAAAAUUUCAGUUUAUGUAACUUGCAUGUUAAUUUCCAGAUGGAACUGUUCGAUAUGUUAUUGGAAAUCACACAUUCAACUAUAUACUACCAAAUAAACACAACAAUAUUUCCAGCCAGUGUA